CGCGUGCGCCCACCGCCACCUGUUGGCCGCCCAAGGGGAACGCCUCCUUCCGUUAUAACCACCACACCAUGCCGUCCUCUCCUCCACCACCGCCUCGCCAUCCCCACCAGGUCCACCCCCACCACCACCAUGGUCUCCUCUUCCCCUUCUCCCCCCGCCCCCGCCUCCGGCCGCCGCGUGCCGCCCCCGUGCUGGACGACCGACGAGACCCUCGCCGUCGCGCGGGCCUACACGGCGCGCCGCCUCGCCGUCGGCCGGGAGCACCUCACCUCCGCCGACUGGGCCGCCGUGGCCGCCGCCGCCCCGUCCAAGACCGCUAGGCAGUGCCGCCACAAGGUCGAGAAGCUCCGCCGCCGCCUCCGAUCCAGCCGCCGCCGCCCCUGCCCGCUCCUCGACGCCAUCGAUCUCCUCGACGGACCUUCGCCGCCCUUCUUCUCCAAGUCGCAGUCCCGGUCCCCGUCGCUGUCCCCAUCGCCACCGCCGGCGGUUUCCCCGCCGUCUCCCCCUUCCCCUCCCGCCUCCCCGCCCAGGAAGAGGCGGCGGGACGAUGCCGGGGACGAGGAUGGACUGAGCGACGUGGUGGGGGCGCUGAGGGCCAUCGGAGAGGGGUUUCUGCGGGCGGAGGAGAGGAGGAUGGAGGCCGCCAGGGAGGCGCAGAGGAUGCGGAUGGAGAUGGCGCUCAGGCACCUUGAUGCGCAGCGAAGGCUCAUGGACGCGCUCGUGGGCCGCAUCGUCGACGCCUUGGAGUAAAGUGGUGGCGCUAAGGUGUCUCCUCUCAAGUUUUCUUGCUUCUCCUCGUUUCGUACUGGCCCGUGUUUAGGAGUUUCUUAGAGCUGUUCAUAUGUAGUAGCUGUGAUGGAUCUGUGAUGUAGUUGAAGUGGACAAAUCUUAGUGCUUUGCAGUCUUGUAUUGCUUAAAAGAGCGUUUCUUAUGGAAGAGGAACAGUUACCUUCCCCUUUUCAUGUCUA